AUAUUUUUUUGGCUUUAGGGUCUUUUUUUUUCCUUUUCUUUUUAAUUGAGAUUUGUUGUUUUUCCCGAGCGGGCCGGUGGCUCCUUGCCAUGAGCAGCCCGAAGGCAGCAUGAAAGCGGGCAGGCGCGGCUAUCCCGCCCGCUCCGGUGUAGGAUGGCUUUUGGCGAAGUGCUGCUGCUGCUGCCGCUCCUGCAAAGACGCAUAUUCGGUAUCUUCUAAUGACAAUGGGGGCAAGUCUGAUUCAGUGGCCAACUUACAACCUCAGCCAUCCCUCAACUCCAUCCAGAGCUCUCCUGGCCCCAAGCGCUCAACCAACACCUUGAAGAAAUGGUUGACUAGUCCUGUGCGCCGUCUGAACAGCGGGAAGACCGAGAGCAACAUCAAGAAACAAAAGAAGGUGCGAGAUGGCAGGAAGAGCUUUGACCUUGGCUCACCAAAGACUGGAGAUGAAACCACUCCUCAAGGAGACAGCGCAGAUGAGAAGAGCAAGAAGGGUUGGGGAGAAGACGAACCAGAUGAAGAGUCUCACACACCUCUUCCUCCUCCUAUGAAGAUUUUUGACAAUGACCCAACCCAAGAUGAGAUGACCCUUGAAGGAGGAUCUUACCGAGGAAGCUUAAAAGAUGCCACUGGCUGCUUAAAUGAAGGAAUGACGCCUUCAACUCCCCCACGAAACCUUGAAGAGGAACAAAAAGCCAAAGCAAUGAGAGGCAGGAUGUUUGUCUUAAAUGAGCUGGUACAGACUGAAAAAGACUACGUCAAAGACUUGGGAACUGUUGUGGAGGGCUUCAUGAAGAGGAUGGAAGAAAAAGGAGUUUCUGAAGAUAUGAAAGGGAAAGACAAGAUAGUAUUUGGCAAUAUUCACCAGAUCUAUGACUGGCACAAAGACUUUUUCCUGGCUGAACUGGAAAAAUGUCUUCAAGAACCUGACCGUUUAGCACAGCUUUUUAUUAAGCAUGAGCGGCGAUUACACAUGUAUGUGGUAUAUUGCCAAAACAAGCCACGAUCUGAAUAUAUAGUAGCUGAGUAUGAGGCAUACUUUGAGGAGGUUCAACAGGAAAUAAGCCAACGGCUAACCAUCAGUGACUUUUUGAUCAAACCCAUUCAAAGAAUAACUAAAUAUCAGCUUCUUCUCAAGGACUUCCUGAGGUAUAGUGAAAAAGCUGGUCUGGAAUGCUCUGAUAUAGAGAAAGCAGUUGAAUUAAUGUGCCUUGUACCGAAACGUUGCAAUGAUAUGAUGAACCUGGGUCGCCUCCAAGGCUUUGAGGGCAAGCUGACAGCUCAAGGCAAGCUGCUGCAGCAGGACACCUUCUACGUGACAGAGCAGGAUUCUGGAGUUCAGUCUCGACCAAAGGAGCGUAGGGUAUUUCUCUUCGAGCAAAUAGUUAUCUUCAGCGAACUCCUUAGAAAAGGAUCUUUAACGCCAGGCUACAUGUUCAAGAAAAGCAUAAAGAUGAACUACCUUAUCAUUGAAGAAAACGUGGACAAUGAUCCCUGCAAGUUUGCUCUAAUGAGCCGGGAAACAUCAGAGAGAGUAAUUUUACAGGCAGCUAAUCCAGAAAUUCAACAAGCUUGGGUACAGGACAUCAACCAGGUCCUGGACACGCAAAGAGACUUCCUAAAUGCGCUACAGUCUCCUAUAGAGUACCAACGCAAAGAAAGUAGCUCAGCAGUGCUGAGGCCCCAGACCGGUAGGGUCCCUCAGCCCAACAGCAGACCCUAUUCUUCUGUUCCAGUAGGGUCUGAGAAGCCUUUGAAGGCUACAAGCCGUAACCCAUCUCUCCCACCCCUGAAGAUAUCUACCUCCAACGGCAGCACAGGGUAUGAACACUCACAGCCCGGAGACAAGUAUGAACAAAGCAAGACUGAUUUGGGAGGGUGCAAUGGGACCUCUUCCAUGGUCGUGAUUAAAGAUUACUAUGCACUGAAGGAGGAUGAGAUCUGUGUGAAUCAAGGAGAGGUGGUUCAGAUCCUUGCUAUCAACCAGCAGAACAUGUUCCUGGUGUACCAGCCUGCAAAUGACCACUCUCCAGCCGCUGAAGGAUGGAUCCCCGGCAAUAUCUUGGCUCCCCUCACUAAAUCCACUACAGAUAAUAGCGACGGAAGCAUCAAGAAGUCAUGUUCAUGGCAUACCCUGCGCAUGAGAAAGCGGGCGGAAAAGGAGAGCAGUGGCAAAAAUGAAGCCAAUGGGCCACGUAAAUCCAAGGAUAUUCUGGGGAACAAAGUCUCUGUUAAAGAGACAAACAGCUCAGAGGAAUCAGAGUGUGAUGACCUUGACCCCAAUACUAGCAUGGAGAUAAUCAACCCCAAUUUCAUUCAAGAAGUGGCUCCAGAGUUUCUUGUGCCAUUAGUGGACAUCACCUGCCUGCUUGGUGACACAGUGAUGCUGCAGUGCAAAGUCUGUGGACGGCCCAAACCAACUAUAACCUGGAAAGGACCAGAUCAAAACAUUCUUGACAAUGACAACAGCACAGCCACUUACACGGUGUCAUCUUGUGACUCCGGGGAGCUCACCUUGAAGAUCUGCAACCUGAUGCCUCAGGACAGUGGCAUUUACACCUGUGUGGCAACCAAUGAACACGGAACCGCAUCAACCUCUGCAACCAUCAAAGUUCAAGGUGUCCCAGCUGCCCCAAAUCGCCCCAUUGCUCAGGAGAGAAGCUGCACCUCUGUGAUCCUACGCUGGCUACCCCCAUCCAGUACAGGCAAUUGCACCAUUUCAGGCUACACUGUGGAGUACAGAGAAGAAGGCUCGCAGGUCUGGCAGCAGUCGGUAGCCUCAACUUUGGACACGUACCUCGUCAUUGAGGACCUGGCCCCAGGCUGCCAGUAUCAGUUUCGAGUGAGCGCCAGCAAUCCCUGGGGGAUCAGCUUGCCCAGUGACCCAUCUGAAUUUGUGAGGCUCCCAGAGUACGACUCUGCUGCUGAUGGUGCCACUAUUUCAUGGAAGGAAAACUUUGACCUCGCUUAUGCAGAGCUGCAUGAGAUUGGGAGGGGUCGAUUCUCCAUAGUAAAAAAAUGCGUUCACAAAGCCACCCGGAAAGACGUUGCUGUAAAAUUCAUUAGUAAAAAAAUGAAAAAGAAAGAGCAGGCAGCGCACGAAGCAGCUUUGUUACAGCACUUACAGCAUCCUCAGUACAUCACUAUCCAUGAUACCUAUGAGUCUCCUACUUCUUACAUCUUAGUUUUGGAACUGAUGGAUGACGGUCGUCUCUUAGAUUAUCUAAUGAACCAUGAUGAACUUAUGGAGGAAAAAGUCGCUUUCUAUAUAAAAGACACAAUGGAAGCCUUGCAGUACCUUCACAAUUGCAGAGUGGCUCACUUAGACAUAAAGCCAGAAAAUCUGCUCAUUGAUUUAAGAAUCCCAGUACCUCGUGUCAAGAUCAUUGAUUUGGAAGAUGCAGUUCAGAUCACAGGUCAUUACCACAUCCACCACCUCCUCGGAAACCCGGAGUUCGCUGCUCCUGAAGUUAUCCAAGGCCUUCCUGUCUCCCUGAGCACAGAUAUCUGGAGCAUUGGGGUCCUCACCUAUGUCAUGUUAAGUGGCGUUUCUCCGUUCCUGGAUGAAAGCAAAGAGGAGACUUGUAUCAAUGUGUGCAGAGUAGAUUUCAGCUUCCCACCCGAGUACUUCUCCGAUGUGAGUCACGCUGCCAGGGAUUUCAUCAAUGUUAUUCUCCAGGAAGAGUUCAGGAGAAGGCCAACAGCAGCCACUUGUUUACAGCAUCCAUGGCUGCAACCGCACAAUGGCAGCUAUUCCAAGAUCCCACUGGAUACCUCCCGCUUGGCUUCCUUCAUCGAGCGCCGCAGGCACCAGUAUGACGUGCACCCGGUCCCCAGCGUCAAGAGUUUCCUGAUGAGCAGGCUAAACCCAGGCACGUAAUGCCUCCAUCCCUGGGGUCCUACACUGCUGGUCCUGAGGCGAGGUGCAGGGAGCGAGCAGGCGCAAAGCAGAUCUGUCUGUACAUAGUCCCGUAUUCGGCGUUUGCAUUUCACGUGGCUUCCCUAACUGCAGGGUACAAAUCAUUGCGGAGGUGGCAGUACCUGCCCAGUUCCUCAGGACCAAAGCAAAGUGGGGAACGGUGGCGGGUACCCGCUCCCUCCCCUUGGGACCCACAGGCGCCUCUUGGGACACGUGGUAUUGUUGCAUCCACCGCCAAAAAAGGACUGUGGGAAGCAAACACCAACUGGAAACAAGAGCCAAAAUUGCAGUUGCCUUAAUCUUUGUGAGGCAGCCUUAUAAGAAAUCCUCUUGAUCUUGCUGAACUGAUUUCAAAAUGUAUCAGAGAUUAGGAGUAGGAUAGUGGCGGGGAGUGAGACUAGGCUGACCUUAGCAUGUACUGCAGAACUGGACUGAAGUCAGGUUUUGCUGAAAUCAUUGCAAGCCUGCUCCAGGUUAACAGAUUUUGCACACCCCGUAUGUCCAGGUCUGCCAUGAUUUCAGUGGGGACUUUGCCUGCAUAGGACAUGCAAGAUCAGGCCGUAGUCACUGCUGGAUUGGCUUCUGUGGUGGCGUGGCUUAGAUACACUCUUGUUGCAUGGUAGUGCUCAGACCAAAAUCCCCCAUUAAUCCUUGGGCUUUCGGCUGUGUCAAGUCAACAUGCAGUACCUUUUGGAGCUACGAUUAAGGCAGUGAAUUCAUUGGAGCAUACAGCUGGUUUUGACUAAGCACAAUGGGACUAUGAUGGUUUUUUUAAAAGCAUUUUAUACACACUGUACAGAAAUCUUUUGCAAAACCUGUGCAUUGAGAAAAGGCUGUGUCCAAUUUUUGCAGUAUCUGUAAACUAGAUGAUGAUGAUGAAGACAAUUUUUUCUAUCACAGGUUUUCAGAAUACAUAUAUUGUAUCAUAUAUAUAAAUAUAUAUAUAUAUAUAUAUAAAGGAUCCUGUUCCAUUUCUAGCUUCAGAAUUGCUUGGCCCAAAGUCCAUCUAAGCCUUUCAGAGUGCAGUAGGAGUGGUGAGUUCAUCCUUGUGCUUACAGCUUGAAAAUCGUUUUCAGUGUUUAAAGUAUGUCAUUUGUUUCAUUUCCAAACUUGUAAAUAUCUCUCAGCCGCUGUUAGCACCUCAUCACCAAAGCAUUCAUGAGGAUAUUUUUAUGUCCAAAGCCUAAUUUGUAAUAAAAUAAAAAAUAUUCACAAUUAAAACAUUUCUCUCUUGCAAGCCAAGUUGCAACAUCAUCAUACUGAUGUUACAGUGAUGGAGCCAGCCUUAAGUAUAACCAACGCAGGGAGUCUGCAGGGACAAAUCAGCAGUUCGUAGGCUGGCCAAAUCUUCCUCUCUAGCAGUGGGACUAGGAGGGGAAACACCUCCCGAGCUGGGACUUCCCCAUCCUGCUGCUGCACCAUAAAACUCUACAGCCUUAUAGGGUGAUGAUCAAAGAGAUUUUUUUUUUUCCCCUGGUAUGCGAGAACUUUGUCUCGGUGCUGAGUGCCAUUGCCGUGCCUGUAAUGGGAAAUGUCAGUUGUUACCAAAGGUUUUCCUAAGGAAAAGGGCUUGAUAUGACCACGUGUGCUCAGUAUAGACUCUCUUGUAAGGGCAAGAGCCAAAUUUAAUUUACCAUCUAAGUAACUGCACUGUGAGCCUGCGACAUAUCUGCAGGAGCAAAAGCUGUCUUUGCCAGCAGGUGGUGGAGAUACUCUGCAAGUACUGUUAAAUUCCCAGGGCUCUGCUAGCCCCUUUUUUUGAUCCACCUCCAAGCUCAGUUUCAUGGCAGGUAGGAGAUCUGGCCCUUCUCUUUGUGCUUGCUCUAUCAGUAUGCUGGAGUGGUCAGUAUUUUCCUAGUGGAGAAGAAAGGAGGCACAGCAAAAAAACCCCAACAUCCAGCACCGCGUGCGUGCAAUACAAGGACAGACCUUGAGGUUGGGGACCCACAGUCAGAAGGGUGAGCCUGGGUGCCUGAGCAGAGUCAGAAUCGGUGUAUGAGGCUGUGUGGCUGGUGGAGAGAGAUUUAGUACAAGGGGAAGUUGUGGAAAGGCUUGAAAGAGACAGUGUUCACAGAAGGCUAAACCUUCUGGAUCAGCUAGAACGUAUCUCAGUUCCCCUCUGGAGUGCAGCAGCUAAUUUUCUAAGCAAUCCAGCAGCACCUCUUAGACAAAGACCAGAUGCUGGUCCUAAGCAAGAGUGCAAAGUAUGUGAUUUCUUAGGAACUGAAACUUCUUCAGACAGCAGUCAUCAAGGGGCGUCUUUAAUUAGCACCAGCCUCAGGUACUUUCUCGCUGCAGGAGACUGUUUGUACUUCCUCCUGUUUGUCAAAGCUGGCUCUUUGUGCUGUGAUUGUGCUGCCCUUAAAAAAAUGUUUAUGGAAGUGUGGCUUAUAAAACCCACAGCUUUUAUUAGGCCUGUGGGUACAGUUUAAGCCACAGGCUUUCUGCUUGGCAUUAAUACAAACAAAUUCUCAUGUAUCACAUGAAAUCUGGAGUUAUUUAGCAUUUUAUUUUCCUACCUCCUGCAUUUGCAUCUCAAACUGCAACAGCAGACACUUUGGAUGCACAGGGGGAAAAAGCUGGGUUGUUUAAGGGAAUAUUUAAGCCUCUCAUUGCUAUCAAAUAACAGAGAAAAAAAAACCCCCAAAGGCCAAAAGAGGAUACAUGUUAAGGUAUUGGUGCUCAGAUUCAAAAAAGAGAUUCCUCGUCAAGGGAGAGUUGGAGGUGCUGAACUCUGAAGAUUUUGAAUGUUAUGGGGUUGCUUUCCUUUAUGGUUCUGCUUUUUCCAUAUUCAUGUUAGAGAACUCCUCUUCCUGGGCACUGCUCUUCUUACAGUGCAUUCAGGAAAAUUUGACCCUGCUAGCGCUGCCAGAUAUGUUUGUGAUUAUCAGCAUUCUUGCAUUUUAUCUCAAAGAUUUCUUUUGCCUGAAUAAUAUCAAGUUGACAUGAAAUGCUGCCGUAUGAUAAAUACAGAGGAAGUAUUUGGGCCUUGCUCUCUCAAGGAUUUUUUCAGCCAACCUGUGGCCUCUCUGCAGAUCCACCAGGUCCUGUAACUCUGUUGUAAACUGUAACUCUGUUGUAAAGAGAUUACAGAACCUCAGUAAGUAGGCCUGGAGUGAGCCCACUCGGUGAGAAGCACCACAGCCAACCCCCUUUGCAGCAUUCUCCACUAUCGGAUUUUUUUGUGCAUGAAAUAUUGCCUGUAACAAACAUGGGGAACUCACCGUUUCUCAUAAAGCUCCGUUAGGCCUUUACAAGCUCCCCAGAGAGCAGGGAAGAUUUCCACCUGCAGCUUUACCACUCAGGGUAUUCCCAAGACGGCCAAGUGAAGGCAUGAUGGUAGCUGCACCCUCUAGCUUCUGCGGCAGCUUCAGACCAGCUAGAAUGACCAACAGUAAGACUAGCAACAGAGCACCACAAGCUCGGUGCAGACUGGCACUACGCAGACAGCCACCGCCUCCAGAUGCCCUCACGGUGCUCUUACCCUGCACUGACAUCAAAGUAGACUUGCUCACAGUGUUCCCCGGCGCUGGGCUGGGUGACAGGCCUGCAGAAAGACAGUAGCAAGGGCCCCAGUGAAACAGAGCCCAUGGUGCACAGUGACAUAUGGUACUCAUUAUUUAAGAUAGCUACCUUUAAUGAACGCACGUGGCAACAAGAAACUAACUCGCCUCUCUCUCUCUCCACUCUGCUUGGAGCAGCCAGGCUGGGCCGUUUCACUCUUAGCCAUCAAAUGGGAAAUCUGAUUGCCCAUGUAACAGUGUCAGCUCCCGUCAGCCGUCUGAAGCACUUACUGCCCCGUGGGUGAUCCCCACAUCUCCACCAAGGUGCCAAACCCACUAUGCACAUUACUACAGGGAUGACACACAUCCAGUCCAGGGCUUUAGACUUUAAUAUUUUAAAACAAUCCAGGCUUUAAAAUUUAUAAAAUUUCUUGCUUCCUACUUCUACCAACAAGCCUUGUUUAGCCUUAUUGCCUUUUUAUUUAAUUUUUUUUUUCAGUGAAAUUUAUCUUUAAAAGCAUUUUACUUUUAAACUAAGUUAAUGCUGAGACAAAGUCUGUGCCCUCAACUGACUUGUACAAGUCUGUGGCUUCAGUGGAGUUCUUAGAAUUUCUGACAAUGCUAUUAGGCCUUUGUUACAAAUACCGUG